AUAAAACAUGAAAGCAGAGAGAGACGGGUUGGAUUUGAAAAUGCUGCAGACAGAAAGGAGAAUGAGGCUCUUGCACCCGCACUGAGGAGUGUGUGUGUGAAGAGAAGAACUUGCUUUCCUUCACCCCACUUAAAUCAGGAAUAGGCAUCGCUUCCUCUGAAUCUGCAGCCACCUCGGGGGCUAAAGGAGAACCAUUUCCUUCUCCACAUCCUGCCCACCAACUCAAAGGAAAGUAAUUCUGUGUCCAUUCCUAAUUAGUUUAGGGGAAAACAUCUUCACGAGCAUUCCAACUUGCUCAAGGGAAGGAAUCCAAUGUCCAUUCACUCAGAAGCAUCAUCACAAACUGCUCAGGGAAAAUACUUGAUCCGAGGCAUCUAAAGUGUAACUGACAGAAUGACAGCCACUGUGUCAGAAAAGAGCCCUGAGGAUCAAUCUAAAAGAAUAUGCUGCAAGAAUCCAUUUCUGAAUAUCAAGUUUUUUGUGUUCUGCCAUGGGUUUCUCCAGCUCUCCCAGCUCCUGCUAUCUGGCUAUCUGAAAAGCUCAAUUUCAACAAUUGAGAAGAGGUUUGGCUUGUCCAGUCAGACAUCUGGAUUGCUCGCUUCCUUCAAUGAGGUUGGGAACACACUGCUGAUAGUCUUCGUAAGUUACUUUGGAAGCAGAGUGAACAGGCCCCGUUUCAUUGGCUGUGGCGCUAUUCUUGUAUCCAUAGCUGGGAUUCUCAUGUCUGUUCCUCACUUUAUAACAGGGCGCUACGAAUAUGACCAGUCCAUUGCCAGUGUUUUCAGCAAUUCUACUGAUCUCUGCCAACCUGACAUAUCAAUAUCCACCAGAAACCUGAAUGACACAGACUGCACCCUACGUGCAGUGAAAGAAAGCCGCGAGGUCCUGCUGAUCCUGUUCAUUGGCCAGACUUUGCUAGGGGUCGGAGGGGUCCCCAUCCAGCCCUUUGGGAUCUCUUACAUUGAUGAUUUUGCCAGUGAGCGAAACUCACCUCUCUAUUUAGGAAUCCUGUUUGCUGUGACUAUCAUCGGACCUGGUGUGGCGUUCAUGUUAGGAUCCGCCAUUUUGCGCUUUUAUGUGGACAUUGACAAAAUUCCCCCAGAGGAAAUUCAGCUCACUCAUAAAGAUCCUCGAUGGGUUGGAGCCUGGUGGCUCGGAUUCCUGGUUGCAGCCACUCUCACGGCCUUUUCCGCCAUCCCUUAUUUCUUCUUCCCAAAAGAAAUGCCAAAGGAGGUGGUGAAAGGCAGUGAGAGUGAAGUUAAGAAGAGCAAAGACCUACUGAACGAGCUUAAAUCCAAAUCAGAAAUAAUGCGAAGUCUCUCCUUAACCAGCUUCAUUAAAAUUUUUCCUAAGGUUUUAUUGAGGAAUCUCCGGCAUCCAGUCUAUCUGCUAGUGGUUUUGGCCCAAGUCAAUCUAUCUGCCAUGGUUGCCGGUUUAGCAACGUUUAUGGGCAAAUUCCUAGAGAGGCAGUUCUCCCUCACAGCAUCAUUUGCCAACAUGAUCAUAGGUUCCGUGAACAUCCCUGGGGCAAUGGUCGGAAUAGUGGUGGGUGGAGCCAUCAUGAAGAAGUUCCAGAUGACUCUGAAACAGUGUGGCGGCAUGUGUGUCCUCGGCAUGCUCCUCUGUGUGAUCUUUGCCCUUCCCCUCCUCUUUCUGGGCUGCCCUACGCAGAAAGUUGCUGGCCUUAACUACAGAAGAAGCUCUGAUGCUGGACAACACACUUUUGAAUGUAACAACAAAUGCAACUGCCUUGAGAAGGCCUAUAACCCUAUUUGUGGGGUUGAUGGCAUUGAAUACAUCUCUCCAUGUUUUGCUGGUUGUGAAGUUGUAAUCUCCGAUGUGGGUGAAAAUAAAGUUCUGAAUUACACACACUGCAGAUGCAUCUCUGCAAACGGGGCUAACGGAUCUGCCUCCCCUGGGACGUGUGGCACAAAUUGCUCCCACCUCCUCUUACCCUUUGUUGUACUUUGCUGCCUGGCUGGAAUCCUUGCAAGCACUUCACACACACCGUCCUUCAUGCUCAUCCUGAGGAGUGUUCAGCCCCAAGAUAAAUCAUUUGCUAUUGGGAUCCAGUUUCUGCUGCUGAGAGUUUUGGCCUGGAUGCCAGGACCUGUGCUGUACGGCAGUGCCAUCGACACAACCUGCAUCCUGUGGGAAAAGAAGUGCAAGAAGAACGCAGCUUGCAGAUACUACAACAAUGAUCUCUUCAGACAAAGAUUCCUUGGGCUCCAGUUUUUCUUUGAAGUGGGAGCUUUUCUGUGCUUCUUGGCUGUGUUCAUCAUUCUCAGACGACAAGAGAGGGAAACCAGGAAUGCUACAGAGCCAAACACAAUCCCAGAGAAGGAGAAGCUGGCAGAAAAGUCAAGCAAAAACAUAGACUCCAAAGUGUGACUCAGAGAAUGUGAACCACAUUUCAUAGCUACUGCCCAGGAAAGUGCAUGAAUUGCCUUUCACUGUCACUGUGAAGGAUGGAUGCUUAGGAUGAGCCUAAAAGAGGAGAUAAGCUUAUUUCCUGUUUUUUUCUUUGAGAGCUACAGCUUUUGUUCUUUUGUUGUUGCUGUUUUUUUUAUCUGCUAGUUUACAUCCACCCAGGCUUGAGUGAUGCCUCAUGUGUUUGUUCAAUUGGUCUAAUCCUUUGGGACAUUGCAGCCUUAUAUCUUUCUAAGCAUUCAUUCGGCUGGCAGUCUGGAUGAUGCCAGCCCUCUAAGCACUAAUGCAUACAGCUAAAUUGUUUUGUACAAAGGUUUUUGCACAGUACACAAAUGUCUCUAUGUAUCCAUGGACAGUAUUCUGUACCUGCUCAUAAACACCAAUUAUCACAGCACUAGAGUACCUGCUUCUCUUCCUGUUACAAAAUUAAAUGGACUCAGGGCCUCUGAAAGCUUGGUCUUAUUCCCACAGUUCUGCUGCGCUGGAUAUAUAGUUGUAUGGGCUGGCUGAUAUACUGAAGCUCUUGUGUUGGUGGAAAGAGAGAUGACAUAUCCAUGGGUUGGGAGAGAGAAUAAAUGGUAUUCGGAGGGAGAAAGUAGCCAGACUGUACUAUAAUUGGGUGCAACAGCCCUUUAAGCUGAAGAGGGCCAGAAGACAUUCCAGAGACGAUGUUAUGAGGACAGUCUUAAAAAUCUGCUAAUUCCAGAUGAGAGGAAAUGGUCCCAGGGAGCUAGCAGUGGGCUGGGAAGAUCCCAGAACAUUGUCAUUAAGGUCCCAAGAUCAAGAGCCAGGUGGGGCAGAGGUCCCCUCUCUUGUAGCCAAUUGGAAGAAGUUUCCAGAGGCAGGCUGGAAUGUAUACCACCUUCCCUCUCAGACCAGGGUGUACAUGGACUCAGGAAGGGACACAGGGGUAUACCUGGACACAGGAAUAACGUAGCUAGAGUCAACGUACCUUAAGCCGAGCUUGGUGCCAUCUUCACAGAGGGAGGCCAAAGGGAGCAAACAUACUUAUCAGUUUCCCUUACUCCUUGUGACUGCCAGGAGUAUGGGCGCCAAUCAGAUCCUCCCUCAACAUUCAGUUUAGCAGGUCUUAACUAGACCCACUAAAUCAAACUCCAGAUGAUCUAUCUCUAGUGUGGUGAAUGAAGACGUGGCCUGAACCAAAUGGCCGGGCUUCCAUUGAGCAGAAUAAGGUCUCCAUAGAGGAGAGGAGUGUUGGAGAUGAGUAUGAACUAAGGGAUUCCUAGAAUGAACCUUGCAUUUGGGACACUGAGGCAAAUGGCAGCUCUGCUACAUGGACCCUCAAACGAACUGCAGACUUGUCCCAGGAAAACAGGCUCUGAGGAGAAGGAUAGCAACAUGCUAAGAGUGUUGCAUCCUGUUGCAAUAAUGAUUUGUUAUGAUAAGUCAAAGCAAUUAGCAGAGGCACAUGAGUAUUACUGCUCCUAUUUUACAACUGGGGAGACCAGGCAGAGGGCAGUCAAGGAACAAGCUCAAGUUCACAAAGCCAGUCAGGGCCCUAAACAGGAGUAGAGCCCAGCUUCACAGAGUGCUAGAUGUAGCCUGAGGCUAAUCCACUAGGCCACAGUGCCAAGCUACCCCUCUUGUGCCACUUCAGUGGGGUGGAGAGACUAAAGUGUCAGAUCUAGCUGUAGUUUUGGGAUAAGGGUCAAACUGUAGCUAAUCUGCACAUCUUCACAGCAGUCUCUGUAUUUUUUCCCACCAUCUACACAUGGGCAUUUCUGGGGCAAUUGAUGGAAAAGAACCAGUUGUGCCUUCCAUGUCCGUUCCCACUGCCCUUGUCAAGUGGGUCCCUAGACCAUAGUGCAGUAUGCCAUAUGGUGAUACCCUUGAAACAAACAGCUAAGGACCAGAGCUCGAGAUAUGAUGCUGUGGUUUUGGGUGUUUCACUAAACUGCCUGCCUAGCAUUAUAAGAAGUCUAGAGAACAUCUUACGAUGAGCAACUAAAAAAACCUCAGUCUGUUUAUUGAAGAGCAGAUGAAGACAUGAUUUGAUCGUGGGCUGCAAGUACCUACAUGGAGAAAAGAUUUCUGAUACUAAAAAGCUCUUUAACCUAGCAGAAAGGGCCAUAACAAGAGCCAAUGGCAGGAAACAAAAGCUAGACAAAUUCAUUCUAGAAUUAAAGCAUUUUUUUUUAAACAGCGAGAGCAAUUAAACUUUGAAAU